AUGAUCAUCUGGGUGGGGUUAGCUGUUGGAGGGUCUAUUUUGGUGUCUUUCAACUGGUGGGAAAACUACUUGAAAAAAACAAUUUCAGCGAACAGCAGCCCCACCUUCCUCGAGAACCUUUGCAAUGACAUAAAAGAGUGCCAGAACAUACUGCACAUUCUCUCCAGCCUCAUGAGGAUCGUUGUGACUGCGUGUGUAGUUGGGGCCUACGUCCCUCUAGCCAAAAUGGACUGGAGCAUUCUGACCUCCAUCCCGAGCCAUGAGACAAGAAUUAUAGCCAUCAUCAUUGGGGUCCAGCUGGUCUCCUCAGCACUCUGCCACUGGUUUGCCUUGGUAGCCUGCAAGAUGCAUGCUUUGCGGCGAUGCUUCAUCCUUCCUCUAUACCUGGCCUCUCUAGCUGUUUUGGCUCUGCUGGUCAUUCCAGUUAUUGUUUACUAUCAGGACUACAGAACAAGCCUGAAUGGGACUACAAACAUCAACUUCACAGACUACUGUAAGGUGGCUGUGGAUGGAAGGAAUCAAAGCCUGAAUGACAGUGUGUUUCCACAUCUGGUGCUGGAUGUUACAUACACUCUGUGCUUCCUUGACAUGUCCAAGAUAGCUGACAUUGGCAUACUCACAGGUUCAGCAGUGUGCUGGUGGAUUGGCUUUGUGUUGGUAACCCUACAUCUCUGGAAGCUCAAUGUGCACCGAAUAGAGAGGACUGUAAAAAUGGAUACAACUUUAAAACAUGACAAAUAUCUUGCAGGUAGUUUAACCUUCGUUUUGGACAUCAAUUCUGCUGCUGCUCUUGUCAUAUCUGUGAUACCUCCAGCCAUCUACCUGGGUCUUUGUUUCAAGCUCAAGUCAGACACUCAAAUUACCAUUGCAGCAAUCUUGAGUCUCUGUUAUGCAUUCCUUAUGUUGACAGUGACAAUUUCUAUUAUUGGAUCAAUGUUGGAAGAGAAAACCAUCCUGACACCCAGCAGCAUUUUCAUCAUCUUCAUGGCCAUCCUUUACCUAAUCACUGCAGCAAUGCAUCCUCAGGAAUUUCCUCUGGUGUUCCAUGGCUUUCUCUACAUCAUCUGCAUCCCCAGCGCCUACCUUCUGCUCACCAUCUACUCCAUGGUUAACAUGAACAAUGUGUCUUGGGGCACCAGGGAGACAAAACCUGCUGCUGGUGCAGCCCCACCUCCAACUCUCACGCCACAAACGAGAGCACAGAAAGCCAAAAGUAUCUGCCAAUGGCUCGUCUCAUGGAUCAAAUGCUGCAAAAAAUCCAGCCAGAGAUUUCAAGGUGAACAGCUGAGUAGGAGUCAGGACAACACAGCCCAAGAGCCUGAGCAGCUUGAACCUGAACCCCAAAACACUAUUGUGGAGGAUAUAACUAUCACAGAAGAAGAACAGGGCAAGCUGGAUUGA